AUGCCCAAUCUAUCAACACGAAGUUUUCUUCUCGCGUUUCGCCGUUUUGUCGCCAGACGCUCGUUGCCAGGAAAACUAAUAUCGGACAAUGCAUCCACGUACUUAUCAGCCGCUAAUGAACUGAAUCAAUUAUUCGACUCUCCGGACGUGAAACAAUAUCUAGCUAACAAACGCAUACACUGGCACUUCAUUCCUAAACGUGCACCAUGGUAUGGAGGUUUCUGGGAACGGCUCAUCGGAAUGACAAAAAACGCGAUCAAAAAGGUAUUAGGGCGAUCCUAUAUCUCGUUUGAAGAAUUACGAACUGUACUAACCGAAAUUGAAACGACUCUAAAUGACCGUCCAAUCACUUAUGUUUCCGGUGAUAUCGACGAUGCUACGCCAUUAACUCCAUCUCAUUUAUUACAUGGACGUCAAAUGACAAUAUUACCUUACCCGGAAAUAAGCGACGAUGAACUCAACGACCCGACCUUCAGUAACCAUGACAACGUAAACAAACGAUACGCACAUCUCGCUAGGUUACUCGCGCAUUUCUGGAAACGCUGGACAGCGGAGUAUUUACCUGCACUACGCGAGAAUCACAAGUUAACCGGCAAAACAGACAAUAUAAUCAAGGUCGGAGACGUUGUCCUCGUCCACAAUGAUAUUGACCAUCGCAUUAAAUGGCCGAUGGCAGUUGUUGAGGAACUUGUCUACGGAAGAGACAAACUCGUACGAUCAGCGUUUAUUAGAACAAAGAAUGGACGUACAAACAGACCUAUCAACAAAUUAUAUCCACUAGAAAUGAACGCUGACGUCACAACCAUGGAUAUACCUCGUGUAAAUAUAGACACAACGCAUUUGGAUUUACCUGCUGAUCCUCGACCUUCGG